GCUGCGCAGUGGCUCGCGGGCCGGGAACGGGAGGGCGGGCGGAGCGGCGGGCGGAAGCCAUGUUGCAGCUGCACCCCGAGCGAGGGGCUGCGGGCGCGCUCCUCUCCUGGUGGGUGUGACCCGGCUCCGCGCGGCGGCGGGGGGCGGGGACGCCGGGCGGCUCGUCGUGGUCGGCGGCGGCCGCGGCGUGCAGCCGGGCGAUUGUGACCGGCGGCAGAGCCGGGCCGGCCGCGGGCGCUCCCUCCGUGCGGCCCCCCUGAGCGCCCCCCCUCCCCGGGCCGGGAGGGAGGCGGGGGGCACCCGGGGCCCGCCAUGAACCCCGGCUUCGACCUGUCCCGCCGGAACCCUCAGGAGGACUUCGAGCUGAUCCAGCGCAUCGGCAGCGGCACCUACGGCGACGUCUACAAGGCACGGAAUGUUAACACUGGAGAAUUAGCAGCAAUUAAAGUGAUAAAAUUGGAACCAGGAGAAGACUUUGCGGUUGUACAGCAAGAGAUCAUUAUGAUGAAAGACUGCAAACACCCAAACAUUGUUGCUUAUUUUGGAAGCUAUCUCAGGCGAGAUAAACUUUGGAUCUGCAUGGAGUUCUGUGGAGGCGGCUCCUUACAGGACAUAUAUCAUGUAACUGGACCCCUCUCAGAACUGCAGAUUGCUUAUGUUAGCAGAGAAACACUACAGGGAUUGUAUUAUCUCCACAGUAAAGGAAAAAUGCACAGAGAUAUAAAGGGCGCUAACAUUCUAUUAACGGAUAACGGUCAUGUGAAGUUAGCUGAUUUUGGAGUUUCUGCACAGAUAACAGCUACAAUUGCCAAACGGAAGUCCUUCAUUGGUACCCCAUAUUGGAUGGCCCCAGAAGUUGCAGCUGUUGAAAGGAAAGGAGGGUACAAUCAACUGUGUGACCUCUGGGCAGUGGGCAUCACUGCCAUCGAGCUGGCUGAGCUCCAGCCACCCAUGUUUGACCUUCACCCCAUGAGGGCAUUAUUUCUAAUGACAAAAAGCAAUUUCCAGCCUCCUAAACUAAAAGAUAAGUUGAAGUGGUCAAAUAGUUUCCAUCAUUUCGUGAAGAUGGCACUUACCAAAAAUCCAAAGAAAAGACCCACUGCAGAAAAGCUACUACAGCACCCCUUUGUCACCCAGCCUCUCACAAGGUCUUUGGCAAUAGAGUUGCUGGAUAAAGUGAAUAAUCCAGACCAUUCCACAUUCCACGAUUUCGAUGACGACGACCCUGAGCCUCUUGUUGCUGUACCACAUAGAAUCCCUUCAACGAGCAGAAAUGUGAGAGAAGAAAAAACCCGCUCAGAGAUAAACUUUGGCCAGGUAAAAUUUGAUCCUCCCUUACGGAAGGAAACAGAGCCACAUCACGAACUUCCCGACAGUGAUGGUUUUUUCGACAGCUCAGAAGAAAUAUACUACACUGCAAGAUCUAAUCUGGAUCUACAGUUAGAGUACGGACAAGGACACCAAAGUAGUUACUUUUUAGGUGGAAACAAGAACUGUAUUCUAUAUAACGAGUCAUUGGCAAGGAGUCUUCUAAAGUCUGUUGAAGAAGAAUUACAUCAGCGCGGACAUGUGGCUCACUUAGAGGAUGAUGACGGAGAUGAUGAUGACUCUAAACAUUCAACUAUGAAAGCAAAAGUCCCGCCACCCCUGCCACCAAAGCCUAAAUCCAUCUUCAUACCACAGGAUACGCAUUCUGCUGAGGAUGGUAAUCAAGGAACAAUCAAGAGAUGUCCCUCAUCAGGGAGCCCAGCAAAGCCAUCCCAUGUUCCACCUAGACCACCUCCCCCGAGAUUACCCCCACAGAAGCCUGCUGCUUUAGGAAAUGGAGUGAGCUCCUUCCAGCUAAAUGGUGAACGAGACGGAUCGUUAUAUCAGCAACAGAGUGAGCAUAGAGGCACCAACCUCUCCAGAAAAGAGAAGAAGGAUGUCCCAAAGCCAAUUAGUAAUGGUCUUCCCCCAACACCUAAAGUACAUAUGGGAGCGUGUUUUUCAAAGGUGUUUAAUGGCUGUCCCUUGAAAAUCCACUGUGCCACAUCCUGGAUAAACCCAGACACGAGAGAUCAGUACUUAAUAUUUGGUGCUGAAGAGGGCAUUUAUACCCUUAAUCUCAACGAACUUCAUGAAACAUCAAUGGAACAGCUGUUCCCCCGCAGGUGUACAUGGUUAUACGUGAUGAACAAUUGCUUACUAUCAAUAUCUGGUAAAGCUUCUCAGCUUUAUUCCCAUAAUUUACCAGGGCUUUUUGAUUAUGCAAGACAGAUGCAAAAGUUACCUGUAGCAAUUCCAGCACAUAAGCUCCCCGAUAGAAUACUGCCAAGGAAAUUUGCUGUAUCAGCAAAAAUCCCCGAAACCAAGUGGUGCCAGAAGUGCUGUGUGGUAAGAAAUCCUUACACGGGCCAUAAAUACCUGUGCGGGGCACUUCAGACUAGCAUUGUUCUAUUGGAAUGGGUAGAACCAAUGCAGAAAUUUAUGUUAAUUAAGCACAUAGACUUUCCGAUGCCGUGUCCACUCCAGAUGUUUGAGAUGUUGGUGGUCCCUGAACAGGAGUACCCUCUGGUUUGUGUUGGGGUCAGCAGAGGACGAGACUUCAACCAAGUGGUUCGAUUUGAGACUGUCAAUCCAAAUUCUACCUCGUCGUGGUUUACAGAAUCAGAUACCCCACAGACAAACGUCACUCAUGUGACCCAGCUGGAGAGAGACACCAUCCUCGUGUGCUUGGAUUGUUGUAUAAAAAUAGUGAAUCUCCAAGGAAGAUUGAAAUCCAGCAGGAAAUUAUCAUCAGAACUCACCUUCGAUUUCCAGAUAGAAUCCAUAGUUUGUCUACAAGACAGUGUGCUCGCUUUCUGGAAACACGGGAUGCAGGGCAGAAGUUUUAGAUCUAAUGAGGUAACACAAGAAAUUUCAGAUAACACAAGAAUUUUCAGGCUCCUUGGAUCUGACAGGGUUGUGGUUUUGGAAAGUAGGCCAACUGAUAACCCAACAGCAAACAGCAAUUUGUACAUCUUGGCGGGUCAUGAAAACAGCUACUGAAGACAUGGUAUUGUUGACAGUGACCUGUAGAGACGGGGCCCACGGCCGCCGCAGCGUUUGUGGAUGCAGGGAGCUGUGCAGAAGCUGCAGGCACCUGGCUUCAGUUCCUUCUAAUUUAUUGUGGAUGAGACAGUGGGAGAACUUUUGUUUUGAGUGGUAUGAUAUAUUUAGCGUACCGAACCACACAAGUGCUUAAUUCACUGUAUGUAAUCUUUGUACAUAGCAGCAGUAUUUUUCUGUGAAACUUCAUUUGCUGAAGACAUACACUAAGAAUUGAUGUAGAUAAUGUACUUUUAUGAGAUGUAAAAGUGUCUUAUCUGUACAGAUGUAAAUGUUGAUUAAAAUGCAACUGGGGUUAAUAUUUUAAGAAUUCUUUAGUAUAUUCUUGGGUGUGGUUAUAUUACAAAAUGGGAUGCCGGCAAUGAAACAAGACAUUUAACACUAUUGUAUUUUUAUUAUAUGUAAUUUAGUAAUAUGGAUAUAAAUCUUGUAACUUUUGAAAUGGUAACGAGCUGUAAUCAUUUUAUAAUCUUGUUUUUAAUUUUAAUGUGAGCACUGGUGUUUCUCCUGCACAGAGCAUUGAGCUGUGAUGAGCUGAGUCAUGGAGACAGCUGUGACGCCAGAAUCUGCAUUUGGCUCCACAACACCUUUUUACAUGUGUUUGGAUUGUUUUCUAUGUGAAAGAAACAGAUUAGCCACCUGUUGUAGUAACUGAUUUGUUUUCUAUUGAAGCAGAAUCGUGUAAGAUUGCUGUCCGUGCUUAGGACACUGCUUGAAAACACCUGCAAUCACAGAAUGGCGGUGCCAUGAUAGAGCCCGCAGUUGUCGAGUUACAGUGUGCGCACUGUCCGGAUCCACACCAGACAUUUCACAUAAUCACACUGAAAAGCUGUAACAUUCCAGAGCGAUCAGAUUUCUCAUGGAAUUUUUACUUUUGUUGGCCUUUUUGUUUUUAUCACUUUCAUAUUUCUUUUGAUUUAGAGUAUUAAUACAUGGCCAAAUAAUUUAGUUACUACCUCAUAUAAACAUUAUAAUGGUUACUACAUAUCACAGGAACUUAGUUUGGUUAAAAUCAUUUUUGAUUGUUUUUUCCCCAAUGGAAUAUAUCUAUCUUAUAAAGAUGGGUAUCAAGUUAUAGCAAAAUGCACACUUCUGGCUCUCUUUGGUAUAUGUUCUUUAUAUUUUGAUGUGAGUAUGUAUACACUAAGAACAAGCUAAAUUGUGAUUUAUGCUCCUCAUUUAUUUUAAUUGAUAAUGGUUUUAAAUAUGUUCCUGAUUGUACAUACUGUAAAAUAAACAUGUUUUUUAACA